GACAGUUAUUGCGCAUGCGCCGUAUAAGAGGUAAAACAAAGGAAGAAAUGCGUAUUUUUUUUAAAGAUUAUAUUAAUAAUUAGAUAUACGAUAUAGGAAAAUGAAUAUAAAAUGUCAAUACUAGAUGAUCAUAAAGAUAAUAGUAGAAUAGGGUUUACUAAGGAUGAGAAAUCACAGGAUCUUCCAGAGUCUUUUAUUUGUUGUUGGGAUGAUUGCAAUUUACAGUUUUGCAAUUUGCAGUCUUUAGUGUAUCAUAUAGAAGAAAUUCAUGUACCAUGGGCAGGCAACAACGGAAAGAAAGACGAUCAAGGUGUUAAUCAAUACGUUUGUGGUUGGAGAGGGUGUCGGAGAGCUGGAAAGACUUUUGAUGCAAGGUUUGUUUAA